AUGCCCGAAGUUCCGGAGAAUAUGCAGGAUAAUAUUGCACACCUCGAGCAUGAGGCUCGAAACCCCUAUCGAUCUCAACAACAAUUUCCCGUCCAAUAUGACCGCUCGGGUUUCCCUGAACGAUCCUCUUCCGCCGCCGUCGUUCAAGGUCAGCCCAUCCCCUCGUCGGGUUACGAAGCUGCCUCCCACUACGAACAAGCCGCCGUCUAUGACACCAUGGAUCCCCCCAACUUUUCGGCCUUUCCCGCUCUGCGCAACCCGCCCCCGAAUGUCCCCCCGACCGAUGAGCAGCGAGAAGCGAACCUGGAGCGCGUGCGCAUGACCGUCUUGUCGUCCAAUGACCCGGAGAUGCAGUUGGCCUGGGCCCAGGAUGCGCUGGCUUACGUCGAGGUCGCCAUGCAGAAUGAGACUCGACUGUCGUUGAUCCAACCCCCGCGCCCGCAGACCCCGCCGGUCGAGCGCCAGUUGAAGGUCGACGCCAUGAAUAUCGUCAGUUUCCUGGCCGAUCAGUCUCAUCCCAAGGCCGAGUUCAUCAAGGGCAUGUGGCUGGAAUUCGGUAAAUUCAACUGUCGCAUUGACAAGAAGGAAGCCUUCCGUUCGUACAUGAGAGCCGCGGAGAAAGGCUACGCGCGCGCGGAAUACCGGAUUGGGAUGCAAUUCGAGAGUUCGGGAGAGCCAGAGAAGGCCAUCAGACACUACCAGAAGGGCGUCGCCCUUGCAGACUCCGCCUCGUUCUACCGCCUGGGAAUGAUGAUCCUCCUCGGCCAGCAUGGCCAACGCCAGGAUUUCCAGACGGGUCUGGAGUACAUCAGCCUUGCAGCACAGUCCUGCGACGAGAAUGCGCCCCAGGGUGCCUACGUUUACGGGAUGCUCCUGGCCCGGGAACUUCCCCAGGUGAACGUUCCGGAGGCCUUCCUCCCGCUCGAUCUCAACGCCUCCCGUGUCAAUAUCGAAAAGGCCGCCUUCCAUGGAUUUGCCAAAGCCCAGGUGAAGAUCGGUGCCGCCUACGAACUGUGCCAGCUGGGGUGCGACUUCAACCCGGCGCUGUCCUUGCACUACAACGCGUUGGCUGCGCGUCAGGGCGAACCGGAAGCGGAGAUGGCCAUCAGCAAGUGGUUCCUCUGCGGCCAUGAAGGCGUCUUCGAAAAGAACGACGAGAUGGCGUUUAUCUAUGCCCAGCGCGCGGCUCAGAGUGGGUUCCCGACCGCCGAAUUCGCCCUGGGGUACUUCUACGAGGUUGGCAUCUUCGUGCCGUCGGACAUCAAAGAGGCCAGAAGCUGGUACGCCAAAGCCGCAGCCAGCGGGAACAAGGACGCCACGGGCCGCAUCGAUAGUAUCUCUCGCUCCAAGACUUUAUCCCGCAAGGACCAUGAACAGGUGGCCAUCGCGCGCAUCAAGUCCCGCUAUGGAUCUCAACGUCCCAACCUCAGGUCGAACACCGAGAACCUCGAAAUGCCCGACCCGUCCCGGAUGAGUAUUGCGGAGAACAACCCCCCCGCGUCUGCGCCAUAUCCCGAUCGACCGGCAUCGCGUGCCCGCCCCGUCUAUCCACCGGGCUACGGGGCGCCGGAUCCCCGACCCAGCUCUGCCUUUGGUAUCAACCCCAACAUUCGAUCGAACGCCCCUGGCUACAACCGCGCCGCGUCAUACGGACCGGGGCCGAUGGGAUACCGGUCUCCGCCCCCGGGCACCCCGUCGAUGACCCCCGUGUCCGCCGGCCCCAAACUCGACGUUGGCUACUCCGCACCGAUGGAGCCCCAGGCCGGUGACAUGCGGAGGCGUCCCCAGCGUACGGAUAUGCCCCCGGAUCGGCGGCCCGUGCGGACCCCGAUGUCUCCUCACGCCCAAGGUGGUCCGGUGGGAUCCCCGCGACCACUUGCCUCGCCUUCGAGCGCAUCGUUCCCGGGCCGGGCCGAUUCCCGGCCCCCGAGUUCCUCCUCCACGCCGAAACCGCCGUCCUCAGCGACCUCGGCCAGCCAACGACCGCCCGCCCAGCCAUCCAAAUCGCAGGGUAGCCUACCAGGAAAGGGCCCCAAGACUUUUGAGGAGAUGGGAGUCCCCAGUGCUCAAAAAGACGGUGAUUGCAUCGUCAUGUGA